AUGGGCACUGGAAUGUGGGAAUGUCCUGGUUGUUAUCCAGUUUUGACAAAGUCCCGAUUUGGAGACUGGUCCCUCUGCAGACAAACCUUAUGUCAGAUUGAUCACUCAGUAAUGGAGAGUUUUGGAGGAGAAGUGAUCACAUGGGUGAUGGGAUUAGCUCAAAAUUUACAAGUAGAAGGUGGAGUGGGCCCCUUUGGUUUGCUCAUAAUCUUCACAUACCAACGCAAACCUUUGGUCCUCUUCUGUAGCGACCAAAGCAGGUCUUCGUUGAAUCAAAAAGAUUAUGAUCUCACCACUUAUGGCACCUUUCUUGACGUCGGCCCUUCUUAUGAGAAUCUAUCGCUUAGAAGCUUGAUUGAUCACUCCGUAGUGGAGAGUUUUGGUGGAGAAGGCAGGGCGGUCAUCGCGGCCAGAGUUUACCCCACUUUGGCAAUCAACGAUGAGGCACAGCUCUAUGUUUUCAAUUAUGGUGCUGCUGAUGUCAAGAUCACAAGAUUGAGUGCUUGGAGUAUGAAGAAGGCACACAUUAAUGGAGACUGA